AUGGGUACUCUACCUCUCUUAAGCGACACCGCUAUGUCCCAGAACUCCCAAGGUGGACCGGUCCCCGUCACCGCUGCCCCAACCACAAGUACUCAACCUGAUGCUCAAGAUCCCGCGGUUGCCGCGCUCGCAGCCAGCUUCAACGCAGUCAGUAUAAGUGCUACACCUGAUGCUCGAGACCCCAGGAUCAUCGCGCUCGAGGCCCGCUUCAAAGAAGCCAGCGAUCUUGAAGUGUGGGAGCACUGCGUCGGCGGCAGGCGCGUCAAGAACAUCCCCGACGAGGCCGACGACCUCGCCAACCAUGUCAUCGUCAUUUGUAUUGACUGUGAGCACUGGUCGAACAAUACCGACGAGACCACCGAGGUCGGCAUCGCUACCUUCGGUCGUCAAGAUGUAUUGCCCAUCGUGGCCACUGGAGACUUCGGCGAUCAUGGGGAGAACCUGAUGAAGAAAGUCCGCUUCUACCUCCUACGCACCAUCGAGACGUCCCAUCUCCCGAAUCAGAAUCCAGCAUCGCGGGGAGUCGAAGGCAACCGCUUCGGUCAAGGCCGGUUCGUCACCUUCGCCGAGGCGCGUCAGAUCCUGACCGACCUGUUUGUACAACCCAUCAGUGACGUCCCCCGCCUCAAGGGUUACUUCCCCGAUCUCAAGGGUAACUUCCCCAUCGUCGUUCUCGGCCACGACGUCGGACACGAUCUGAACAACCUCAAGUCCAAGGCUAUUGCCUUCGAUAUGGAGCCAAUCGGUACCGUGGUCCGCUACAUCGACACCCAGCUGCUGGUUCGUGACAAGGGUUACUGGAUGAUGCCGAGGAACGAGCAGGUUGGCCUCAGGCGUAUGGUCGAAUUGUUCUCCUUCGAGCAUAGUGAUUCCCACACGGCGGCAAACGACGCCGCUCGCACGUUGAUCUCCGCAUUCCAGAUCGUUUUGGGCGGACAUAAGUGCAAGAAGUUCGCAAACAAGAGUAUGAACCAAGUGGCCGAAGAUCUGGAGCGCCAUAGUGUGGCGAACUUCGAUGACAGCCUUGGUGGCGUUGAGAAGUACUGCUUCAAGUGCGGCACUGUCGGCCACAUGAAGCCAGAUUGCCAAGCCACGGACCUUCAUUGUGACGAGUGCGAAGAGAACAAGUGCAAUAUCGAGCCAGGCGAGGAACACGUCACCGAGCACUGCAUCUGUGUAGCCAACAAGAAAGCGCUCAUUCGACGCGAGAAGGACGCUAUCGCCCGGGCCCUCAAGAAACCAAAGCCCAGGGGCCCGUCUCGUGGCUACUCCAACUGGGGUCGUCCGAUGUCACGUCCUGGCACCACUCGUCCGUCUGGUCCUACCAUGAGCUAUGACGGUCUCCGACAGUACUUCGACUCCGCUGGUGGACAUGGCUCCGCCCCGCCAGGCCCUGGAGGACACCCUUCUGUCAGGGGGUUUGGCGGACAUCUCGGCCAAGGCGGCUAUGGCAACGCUUCGUUCGGUCGCGGUCGUGGUGGAUGCCCUCCACGUGGAGGACACCCUUCUGUCAGGGGGUUUGGCGGACAUCUCGGCCAAGGCGGCUAUGGCAACGCUUCGUUCGGUCGCGGUCGUGGUGGAUGCCCUCCACGUGGAGGACACGGACGACACAACCAGGAUUGA